AUGAUGAAGGUGCUAAGAAACUAUGAGAAAGUGUCAGGUCAGCUGGUAAAUAAUGAGAAGAGUUCUUUCUACUUGCAUGAAAAGGUUCCAGCAAGUGUUGUUGGUAGAGUAAAAAGGAAUACUGGGAUGAGGAAAGGAACUUUUCCAUUUAUAUACUUAGGAUGUCCAGUCUUCUAUGGAAGAAGAAUGAUAGUGUAUUAUGAAGGUUUAAUAAAAAAGGUGAUGAAUAGAGUAAUAUCUUGGCAAAGCAGGCUACUGUCAUUUGGUGGAAGGUAUAUUUUGAUUGCUCAUGCUCUGCAGACUAUGCCAGUUUAUCUGUUAUCUGCUAUGAAUCCAUUAAAAGGGGUAAUUGAGUAG